GGGCCAUUUAUAAGGCGGCGCGCGUGGGUGGUUGGGCAGAACAGCGAGAGGAUGGCGAGGGGACGGGGUGCACGGAGCGUGUCACGGGCUGCGGCACCGCCAGCACCGGCCAGCGCGGCCCCAGCGGCCCCGGUACCGGCGGCUCAGCCGGCUCAGCCCGGUCUGAUGGCGCAGAUGGCGAGCACUGCUGCGGGGGUGGCGGUGGGUUCGGCCGUGGGACACGUGGUGGGCAGCGCCAUCACCGGAGCGUUCGGCGGGUCCUCAGAGCCGGCCCGAGCGGUGCAGGAGCCCCGCCAGCUGCCCCCGGUGCAGCCGCAGUCGCCGUACGGCCCGUGUCACUACGAGAUAAAGCAGUUCCUGGAGUGCGCCACCAACCAGCAGGACCUGACCUUGUGCGAGGGCUUCAACGAGGCCCUGAAGCAGUGCAAGUACAGCAGCGGUGUUUCUUCUCUCCUGUGAAGGAUCUGCCCCCAUAGGAUGGAGCAGAGCUGCUGUAGAGCCACGUUACUGCAGGGAGUGAAGGAAGGAUGGACAGGAGCUGAGCUGAGGGAACGGGCUGGGAGAGGAGCCUUGAGUGGUGCUUCAAUCCUGGACUAGAAGGGAAGGAAAAGAACUACUGAGACUGUGGAAGUGAGUGCUUUAUUUAUCGUGGAGAAAUAAAGGAGCUUAGUUGGAAGUA